AUGACUAUAGCAAAACCACUUUAUACACUACAAGAAUUGAUAGGGAGAGGUUCUUAUGGCGCUGUAUAUAAGGGAAUUCAUAAUGAAACGAAACAAGUUGUAGCAAUUAAAGUACUUAAUUUAGAUACAACAGAGGAUGAUGUUGCAGAUAUUCAACGUGAGAUUUCUAUGCUUUCACAACUUAAGCAAGUGGAUGCGCAAAACGUGGUCCGAUAUCAUGGUAGUUUUCUUUAUGAUACGCGGCUUUGGGUAAUUAUGGAUUUUUGCGAAGGAGGAAGUAUACGGACACUGAUGAAAAGUUGUCGUAUUGAAGAAAAAUAUCUUUCAGUAAUUAUUCGUGAAAUACUUAUUGCUUUAAAUUAUAUUCAUCGUUCGGGUAUUAUUCAUCGAGAUAUUAAGGCUGCAAAUAUUCUUAUUACCAACGACGGUCGGGUACAAUUAUGUGAUUUUGGGGUAGCUGCACAAUUAACUGCAAACAAUUUUAAGAGAAAUACAUUUGUUGGAACGCCGUACUGGAUGGCACCUGAGGUUAUUACAGAAGGUGCAUCUUAUAAUUUUAAAGCGGAUAUAUGGUCUCUUGGAAUUACGAUUUAUGAAAUUGCCACGGGGAAUCCUCCUUUCGCAGAUCAAGAGCCUAUGCGUGCAAUUAUUCUGAUUCCACGUUCCCCUCCUACUCGACUGGAAGGUACACAAUUUUCUUCCCAAUUAAAAGACUUUGUUGCUAUAUGUUUAAAUGAGGAUGUGAAUGAGCGACCCAGUGCUAUGGAAUUAUUAAAAACAAAAUUUAUUAAGCAAACGAUGAAAACUCCUACAUCUAUUUUGAAAGAAUUACUAAUACGUUAUGAGCUUUGGUGUCAACAUGCAGGAAUACGUAAAUCCCUCAAUGCUAAUGUAAAUGAUAAAAUAAAUGAUGAAAAUUUUGAAUUUGAUAACAUGGAUAAUCAAUUUACUGAAGAAUGGACUUUUGAUACUGUUCAGGGGUAUCCUGAUACCAAAACAUUUGAUAUUGAGGAUAAAAAUUCUCUAAAUAAACACGAGAAAGAUAAAAUAUAUCUUAAUGAAACUUUAAAAAAUAAAUCUCCUAAUUCCAAUAACGCUUUAAAUAAUACUAAAAUGAAUCAUCCCCUUCUUCAACUUUUUGUUCAGGAAUCUGAAAAAACUGAACCUAACACUUAUAUAACAUCGUCUCUUAUAAACUCGUCUAAAAAUUUCACUAAAACGGAUGAUUUCAAAGAUGAACUUAAUCAGAUAUCUAUUGAUAUUUCAAAUAUAGAUCUUGCACCUUCAUUGGCAUGCUCUUUACAAAAUGACAAUUUAAAAUCUCAACAGUUAAAUUCAAAUUCAUUACAACCUAAAAUACAUAGUCAAACCGAGUCUUCUCAAAUAUCGUUUAAUCAUCAUUAUUCAAAAUCUACUCAAUCAAAUCCUGUUGUCUCAGUAGAUUAUCUUCCACGUAUGAUACCAACGUCUCCGUUACAAUUUCCUGGUUCUACUCCAUUAAAACCGUCUUACUCAUGUAGUCAAUCACUUAAUUUGCCGUCUAAGAGCACCUCUUCUGUUUUUUCAUCAAAAAUUUUUCCAGAACCUCAACUUAAUUCUCGUCAAUCUUCUAAAUCAUCUAAUAAAAAUAAACAUAUUUCAGUAAAAGAUCAAUCAAAUACAUCAAACAGUAUGUCUCAUGCUUUAGAUCAAAAGAUUCCUUUAUUAAAUACAAAAUCUCAAACACAAAAUAUUUCUCCAGUCUCUAAAUAUUCAGGAAUGGAUGAUCUAAUUUUUCUUCCACCAUCACCAUCUCAACCAUCUAUAUCUCCGAACUUUCAUAUACCAUUAAAAGAUUCUACAUUGUCUAGUGUAUGGAAAAAUCCGCCAUUAAUACCAUUAAAUUUAGAGGUUUUAUCAGAUUAUGCAAAUUCUGGUGGAAAUACUACUAACAAUUCUAUUAUUAAUGAAUUAGAAAAAGUGCUUCUUGAGUUUCAAAACUAUUUAGAAGUUCUUGACAAAGGACUUUCAAUUAUUCAAAAAAAUAGUGUUUAA